AUGGAAGGGUUUGCCAAGGAAAGGCCCUUUUCUAAGCCAGGCUGUGCGUUUCCUGGCGCUUUGCUGUCUGCCGUUCGUGUGCCUCUGGCAGUAACGCAUGAUUUACUGACUGCUCAGAAACUCCUUGAGAGAACCCGUGCCAGGAGAGAGAACCUGCAGAAGAAAAUGGCUGAGCGGCCCAAGAUGGGAAUGAGACCGACAGCGCAGACCAAGAGGGUCAGAGAGCCUUUAUUAGAAACUGGUAACCAGGCACCUCUUCCUGACGAAGAAGUGAAACCUGUUACAAAGCCAUCACCAUCAAAGAGGCUCUGCCCUGACAAUGUGGAGACUCAAGCUUCCAGUUCAGAGAACAUACAACCAGUUCCUUCAGGUUCCACAAGCCAUCAUUCUCCCGAGGUGACUUCAGAGUUGCAUGUAGCUGCUUCUAACAGGGAUUCAUUGGUUCAGCCCCUUGAGAAAGGAAAAGCAAACACGCAGUCAGGAACUCCUGCGGUCCUUUCAGUCAAAACACGCAUGCAGAGACUGGCAGAACAGCGACGCUGCUGGGACAGCGAGGAUCCCUCUGAAUGUGUUCCUCUGUCUCCCCUCCAGUCAAAAGAUCUGUGUGUUUCUCCACCUAAGCAGCCGUCUAAUGCCCUGGCAAGUGACACCCCUAUUGGGAGAAGAGGCCGUUUAGCUAACCUUGCUGCUACAAUUGGUUCCUGGGAAGAUGACCUAAGUCAUCCAUCUGCAAAGCAAAACAAUGCACAAGAACAGCCUGGCACUACUUGUUUAUCCAAAUUGUCCACUACAAGUGGAGCAUCUGCUAGAAUCAAUAGUAGCAGUGUAAAGCAGGAAGCUGCACCCUGUUCUCAAAGGCUUGUUGAGGCUUCUUUUAAUAAACCAGCGAACUCAAAGGUAGCGGAUCCAAAUAAUUUUGUAACACAAUCCUCAAGAGGCGCUGUUCCCUGUUCUAAGGAAUCUGAAGUACGACAACCGCUAACAGAGAAUCCCUGCAGCCCUCGGAAGGCUGAACAGUGUACACAAACAGCAAAAUCAGCUUUGCCUCAACCAGUUCAGUCCAAAGAAGAGCCAGUCAAAGGAACACAUGUACAACUUGAACCUAAGGGUAAACCCACAACACCAGGGGGAUCAGGAAUUAAGCCCUUCCUGGAACGCUUCGGGGAGCGCUGUCAGGAGCGUAGUGCACGGAGUCCUGCUACGAAUACUGCGGGGUGCAGAACACCCAUUGUUACCCCAAAUACAAGGACAAUCCAGGAAAGGCUUCUCAAACAAAAUGAAAACUCCUCUACUGCCAGUUUAGCUCUUCAGCUUAAGCAGGAACGUGAACGAGAACUUGCGUGCCUUCGUGGCCGGUUUGAUAGGGGCAAUCUGUGGAGCACGGAAAAAAGUGAAAGUUCCAAGAGAAAACUUCCAGAAGCUAAAAUGGAAAGCCAAUCUCGGGCUAGUCCAAAACGUCCUCCUGGUUCAGAUUCCACCACUUUUGGAUCAGCAGAAGAUACACCAGCAGUUGACAGGCCAGCAAAGUCUCCCAGUGUAGAGUCUUCAGGUGCUCCUAAGUGUGAAGAGACUGACAAACCCAGUCCUCUGAAGAUUGCUGAGCCAAAGAGCCCUGUCGAAGCAAUAUCUGUCUCAAAACUUGAACAACUUGCUGAGAAACAGAAAGAUGAAGUAGAUGAAAUUGAAAUGAGUGUGGAUGACGAGAUGAAUAGCUCGAAAGUGAUAAAUGAAAUUUUUGAAGUUCUUCAAGAGGAUAGUCCAGACAUAGAAAAACUGAAGAAAGAAAUGAGCAUGAGCCUGGAAGGUGAAAGUGAUGAGGAUGAGCAGGAAGAGUCACUGAAUAUUUCGUCAAUGUCUUUGUUAACUCCUCUAGUGGAAUCUGUUGGUCCAGAGGCCUUUGUUUCUCCUUGUAAGUCAAUUGGUGAAGGCAGCAGUACAAGUGAUGUAAGUCUAAAGUCUGAGAAGUUCCAAAGGACUAAAGUCCCCAGGGCAGAAUCUGGAGACAGUAUUGGCUCCGUGUCAGAAGAUCGCAACCUUCCAUAUAGUGUUGAUGCAUAUAGAUCUCAAAGAUUUAAAGAAACUGAUCGUCCUUCAAUAAAGCAAAUCAUUGUUCGCAAAGAAGAUGUUGCUUCCAAACUAGAAAUGAAAAAGAAUGGCCCAUCUGAUCAAGUCAAUAUAAAAAAGAAAAUGCAGGAGCUGAAUAAUGAGAUCAACAUGCAGCAGACAGUGAUUUAUCAAGCCAGUCAAGCUCUGAACUGCUGUUUUGAUGAGGAGCAUGGAAAAGGGUCACAAGAGGAAGCAGAGGCAGAGAGACUGCUUCUCGUUGCAACUGAGAAGAGAACUGCUUUAUUGGAAGAACUUAAUAAACUGAAGAGUGAGGGACCUCCUAGUAGAAGAAAUAAAGCUUCUAUAUCCACUGAAUUUGCUCCAUCCAGGGGAUCUGUUUCCAUUUCAGAAAUGCGUCUACCUCUAAAAGCAGACUUUGUAUGUGGUACAGUUCAAAAGCCAGAAGCAGCAAAUUACUACUAUGUAAUAAUACUGAGAUCUGGAGCAGAAAACAUGGUUGCAACUCCGUUAGCAAGUACUGCCAGCUCCCUGAAUGGAGAUGCUCUCACGUUUACCACGACAUUUACUAUGCACGAUGUGUCAAAUGACUUUGAAAUAAAUAUAGAAGUUUACAGUUUGGUGCAGAGAAAAGAAGUUACAAGCACUGAUAAAAGGAAAAAGGCAAACAAAUCGAAGGUUAUUACUCCAAAGAGACUAUUAACAUCUAUUACCUCUAAAAGCACCCUUCUUACUCCAGUCAUGGCCAGUCCAGGUGGCCCUAAUGCUAUACGCACUACUAAUUUCAUCCUUGUUGGAUCCCACAAGCUUUCACUGUCUUCUCUUGGAAAUACCAAAUUUGCAUUGGACAAG